AUGGAUGAUGAGGAAAGACCGACCUGGGCGUGUGUUAAGAGUUGGCGUAGCAAUGGGAUUACAUCUAUUUGGGGAGAUCCUGAUCGGAGUAGUAUUGCUCGCAAGGAUAGGGGCAUGGAUGAUGAGGAAAUGAAGGCGUUAGAGGCUAGAGUGAGCCAAAGAGUUAGAGAACAGACGAUGGAAGAGAUGAACUCGAAGGUAGAUGCAUUAGUUCAAGAAAGGUUCAUGGCUUUUGCGGCGCAGUUAGGUUUAUAUCGGUUGUUCUUUGACGACAUACUCGUCAACAAUAGCAGUGAGCAAGAACAUGUUACUCAUUUGGCCAUGGUUCUGCAGACUUUCGAGGAACAUCAGCUCUAUGUGAAUUAUAAGAAGUGUGAAAUUAGGUUGCCAGAGGUAGCUUACCUCGAUCAUAAAAUCUCGGUUCAGGGUGUGGAUGUUGAUAUGGACAAGGAGCAGGCUAUUGCACAACCUAAAAACUUAUGGGAGCUCCCGGGAAUUUUGGAAUUAACCGGGUAUUACCAUAAGUUCAAAGCUAACUACGCGCAUAUUCCUAACCCACUUACUGCUCAGUUAAAGAAGGAUUGUUUUGGGUGGUCCUCGGAGGCUACACAGGCUUUUGCCACCUUGAAAAUGGCGAUGACACAAGCCCUAGUUCUGAUGAUGCUGAAUUUUCAAUUACCCUUUAUCCUAGAGACGGAUGCCUCAGGUUUUGGUGUGGGGGCUGUCCUGAUGUAG